UCUUAUUUUAAUAAUUAUUGCACGUCAUUCUCAGGUGAUCACCACCUGUAUGUCAUCACACACGCUGUCUGAACAUGUGACAGAUAAAACCUUUGAAUUAUGGGAUCAUUUCAACUGACUGCAGCACGUUGAUGAGAGCAGGUUUAUUGUGACGCGUAGCUGGAAGUGUGUGUGUGUUUGUGUUGUGGAGGAUUGACAGCUGACAGAGGGGGACACACACAGCUGAUAUUUACCCCCAAAUAAAUCACACUAAAGCCUGGACUCAGCCGGCAGGAAUGGAUCUGAGAUAGUUAGACAGUGUUAAGUUGAUUUAAGGAGUAUCUGUUUACAGGAUCUAAAGGUCGAGAGCCAGACCAGAGUAACUUUUGUUCUUCCAGGGGGAAGGAAGUUUGCUGUGGCGGAGGAAGCCAGGGCGGCUGCAGACAUGGAGGACUCCGGGUCGGCCCUGGAGAAAAAUGUGGCUGACCUCACGGUGAUGGACGUGUAUGACAUCGCCGCGGUGGUGGGCCAGGAGUUUGAGCGGAUCAUAGACCAGUACGGCUGCGAGGCUCUGUCCAGGCUCAUGCCCAAAGUGGUGCGAGUGUUGGAGAUCCUGGAGGUGAUGGUGAGCCGCAGCUGCAUCAGCCCGGAGACCGAGGAGCUGCGGCUGGAGCUGGACAAGCUGCGGCUGGAGAGGAUAGACCGGCUGGAGAAGGAGAAGAAGCACAGAAAGGAGCUGGAGCUGGUGGAGGAUGUAUGGAGAGGAGAAGCUCAGGACCUGCUCACCCAGAUCGCUCAGCUGCAGGAGGAGAACAAAUCUCUCCUCACCAACAUGUCCAUCAAAGACCCAAUGAGUGAGGAGGACCUGCAGAGGCACGAAGGUAUGACGGAGAGGGAGAGACAGGUGAUGAAGAAGCUUAAAGAAGUGGUGGACAAGCAGAGAGACGAGAUUCGAGCCAAGGACCGAGAGCUCACACUGAAAAACGAGGACAUAGAAGCACUCCAGCAGCAACAGUCUCGCCUCAUGAAGAUCAACCACGACCUGCGACAUAAAAUCUCCGUGGUGGAGGCUCAGGGGAAAGCACUGAUCGAACAGAAGGUGGAACUGGAGGCCGGCGCUCAGGCCCGAGGACAGGAAGUCAGUGCCCUUCGGCAGGAAGUUUCACGCUUAAGGGAACGUCUUCAGGGAGACCUGCCUGCCCAGAACAAUGAAGAACCCCCGCCUCAGCCCCCCUCACCUGCAGAGCGUGGUAAAGCUGCGACAGCGGUGGUGGGGGCUGAGGGCUGGUCAGACAGAGCUGACCCCCCUGAGCUGAUGUCGGGUGGGUUUGACCCUUCCCCGCGGCCCCUGCCUGGUUCCCUCAGCCCUGGGGGACAUGAGGAUGGGGAUGAGGAGGCUGAGGACGAGGCAGUGUUGCUUUGGGAGGCGAUGUGCGAUGAGGACAUGCCUGCUGUGUUCCAAUAUUUUACCAAGGAGGCGUUGUGCGAGGAGGAGACGGGAGGCCUGGACCCAAAGGACCCCAACCGACCCCGGUUCACCCUGCAGGAGCUGAGGGACGUCCUCCAUGAGAGGAAUGAGCUUAAGGCCAAAGUCUUCCUGCUGCAGGAGGAGCUGGCCUACUACAAAAGUGACGAGGCAGAAGAUGAGAUCGUGGCUCCGUCUCCGUCUCCCUCGCCUGAACUGAGGACUCGCGCCCGCCCUUCUGCUCAGCCGGAGUCAGGAAUCAAACGCCUGUUUAGCUUCUUCUCACGUGACAAGCAGCGGGGCUCGCAGAGGAGUGCACAGUUUGACGCCGGCCUCGGCUCGUGGGCAGGGAAAGACGACGUGUACACAGAACAAGCCCAGGAGGCGUUACAGCACAUGUAGUCAACGGAUAUAGGACUUGUCGAGGUUACGCAAACCCCAAAACUCUCUUAACACUCCAUGUCCAUCACUUGAGGCCAGCUUGUGAAGCAUCAACUGCAAACACCAAACCACCACUAGUGACUCACACUGCAACUGAAAAAAUCAUGCGCUUGAGGUGAGAAGACUGACAAGAGGGAAGAGUGAACGGAUCACCUUGAAUGAGGCUCCAGCUUAUCUAAAGAAAUUGGUAAAAACCUCCCCAAAAAAAAAGUUUAUUUAAACAUAUAAGACUCAUAUAGCUCAGUGUUGAUGGCACAUACAGAGUGUACAACUUUAAAAAUGCCAGAAAAUAUUUUGGUGCUUGAAUGUUUUUACAGAAUAAGAAAUGAUUCCUGUAACCUGCAGAAGAGAGAAGGUAAACUCAAGUUGUUGGAUGGAAAGUGGAAAGUUGGUGCUUGUAGAAUCCAGGUGGUUAAUGAUAUGUUGGUGAAUGACAAAAAAGUGAGACAGUGAGUGAAAAUUACUCGCUAUACUGCACAAAUGAAGGCGUGGGACACAAAAGUGUGUUGUAAAUUUUAUUAUCCAAAAACCACUAAAACUCCAGAUGUUAAUUGAAUUAUGUUGAUUUAAAAAUGAAGGUAAGUUUUAAAGGAUGAGGAUUUUAUAUUAUAAAUCCUGUAGAAAUAAAAGGCAAACUGGCAAAGAAAGCACUGUAGUCUUUUCACUUCAUAAAUAUGAAAAACACUUUUGUGCCCCAUUGAGUUGUUUCAACUUUCUGUCCAGUUUUAUGAGGGCAGCUUGUAGGUCCAUCACCAGCAUUUUGCAAAUUCAAACUAUGCAGCUCUACACAUCUAAAGAGAACAGGCCUUAUGUAUAACAUGUUGCAUAGAAUCACAAUUUAAAAGCUGUGUACAGAAGGAGAUAAAAACACUAACAAAUGCUCAUAUUUAUAUAUAAAAUACAGCACAUCCAGCAUGAAAGGCCCAUUUCUACCAAGAAAAGAAAUGUCAAGGAAUGUCAAGAUGAGACACUGAGUCAGAAUUUUUCAUAGUCAAUAAUGGUAAAUUAAAAAUAACAAUUAAUUUUGACUUAGUAUCUUAUAAUUUGAAUUUAGAACAUCAUAAUUUUGAUUUAGUAUCUUACAACUACAGUUAGUAAAUCAUUGUAAUUCAGACUUUUCUUAGAAUUUGGACUUGGUGUCUUAUAGUUUAGAUUAAGUAAGUCAUAAUUUUGAUUUAGUAUCUCAAAAUCUUGACUUAGUAUCUCAUAAUUUUGACUAUUUUAUAAGUAGGCUUUGUAAAUCAUAAUUUUGACUUAUCUUGUGUUAUCUUAGAAUUUGGAUCUUGUCAUUUUGACUUAUCAUAACUUUAAUUUAGAAUGUUAUAAUUUUGAUUUAGUAUCUUACAAUUGGGGUUAGUAAUUGUAAUUUGACAUAGUUUCUUAGAAUUUGGACUUGGUAUCUUGUCAUUUGACUUAGUGUCUUAUAGUUUAGAUUUCGUAAGUCGUAAUUAUGAUUUAGCAUCUCAAAAUCUUGACUUAGUAUCAUAAUUUUGACUUACUCUCUUAUAAUUGGACUUUGUAAAUCAUUGUAAUUUUGACUUUGUAUCUUAGAAUUUGGAUCUUGUCAUUUUGACUUAGUAAUUUAUAAUUUUGAUGUAGAACAUCAUACUUUGUAAGUCAUCAUAGUUAUGACUUAGUAUCUAGUAAUUAUUGCUUAGUAUCUAAUACAUUUGACUCAGUAUCUCAUAAUUUUGACUUAGAAAGUCACCAUAAGUCUGACUUACCAUAAUUAUGACUUAAUAAGUAAUCAUUAUUUUGACUUACUAACUCAUAAAUUUGACCAUGGGUAUAUGUGUUUUUCAUGCAUAACAUUUAAUCAUUUCUUUAUUUUCCUGGCAGAAAUGGGCUUCCAAAUGCAAGUUUAUGCUUCUUUCAGCAAUAGAUACAAUAUAUGAAUUCUACUAACGCCCACCAUCUAAAGUCACAAAAAAAGCCUCCCAUAAAAUCUGCUUUUAAUUCAAACUGUGCCAAAGCUGUCUCUGCACAUUUUACAUAUGUACAAACCUACAGUUUAACAACAUCAGUAUCACCAGCUGAACCAAAACAGGUUAAAUUUAUCUUCCUCUAUGGUUAUUAAGCAAACAGAUGCAGCAUAUGGAGAAAUAUUACUCAGCUUGAUUUUAUGAUCAAACUUGCAUUUAACGCAAGAACUGCAAUAAUCUGUGCAGAUGCCUUGUAGCAUUUAAGCACUCCAACUUACAGUAUAACUGGAUUUUAUAAGAGCAGUAUUGUCAGUAUUUAACUGCAGAAGUGCUGUAGGUGGGAAGAGACAGCCAACUUAAACAUAUGGAGUUUAGGGGCUGCUGCAUAAUAGUUGACCAAACCGAUAGUCAAUGAGAAGAGUCUUAAGUCGACCAAGUUUUUAUUGGUUGGUUAGUCGCGGGAAAAAAAUAAAAAAGCUGCUGCAGCUCCCUCCAACCUUGUCACAACUUCUCCUCCCUUAUUCUGUCCAUGCAGAUAGGCAUCAGCGCUGUAAACCCCUUUCACUGCAGAAAACAUGCAGUUUGAUUGUGAGUUUGGUUGAAUCUCAGUUUGGUACCAUCUCAGAAUGGCCACCAGGUGAAGCUUCAGCAGCUCCGCACUCCGCUUAUCCCAUUUUUCAGCCAAGUCUGUUAGAAGUUCAUCAGUUGUGUGUUGUUAUACAGUGUUGAAAUAAAUUAACAAUGAUCAGUAUUCUCGGUGGUUGUUCCGAAACAUUCAGAAUUAUUACCGCUUUUGCCGUUAGCAUUGUCGUUAACAGGCGGCUCGCUUUGUGCGUGCACUUGUAAAAUUUAUAUUGUAAAGGCUCAUUAUUACAGUUUUGUAUUUCUCUGUAAUGUGGCACAGUGUUAAUAAUGUUACUCAUAACAUCUUUUUCAGCCGUGGAGCUCAAACCAUUUUCUGAUUCCUCCCCGAAAUAUAUUUAAAUAAUUAAAUUAAUAUCAUAAACGUGCAAACGUGGCUUGAACUAACGAAUAAUAGUCGCUUAGGAAAAUCUUCGGUAGGGGGCAGCACUAGUGGAGUUGUUCCAGUUCUUCAGCUCGUACAUCAGCAGCUUAAUGACCAUCGUCUCAUCCUGCCUGAACUGCUCCAGCAGGUCCACUGUCAACAUCCCAAACUCUUUUGAGUAUUCUUUGAGCUCCUCUGAUGUGUUGUCCACCACAACACUCUUCUUGGCGUCGUAGCCCAUAGAUGGGCAGAGCUUACAGGCCACCAGAGCUUACAGGCCACCAGAGCUUACAGGCCACCAGAGCUUUUGCCACGUUUUCCUCGCUGUGCUGCCUCUUCAUCAGCACCAGCAGCUUGUUACGAAGGGUAGGGAGACCGCUGUGUCUCUGGGUCGUCUACAGGGGUCUCCUUAGAUUUCUGGAGGGUUAGGUUCUGUGAUGACAGUGGAGUGGCUCGUUUGGUCAGGGGGUUUGGGAGGAUUCCCCUCAAGAAAAUGUGAUGUUAUUUGACUAAAAACUAUGCAUUUUCACAUCAUUUUAGACCAUUAUCAUUACAAUAUUUAUUAAAAAAAACUACACAGGUUGUAGUUUUUCAUAUCUUUAACAAGAUAUUUUAUUGAAAUAAAUGUGCACAAAUGUCACAGACUAGAAUUAGCAGAUGUCACAGCCUUCUUUGGAGCAUUUAACUUUCCUAUUGAUGUUCCUGUAAAAUAUUCGGACCAGUUAUUUAUAGUCUAAGGUGUCAGGCUGAGAUCCAUCAAUUGCCACCCGGCAGCAGAUGUUGAGAUGACCAUCCUUUAGGGGGUUUCUCAGUGGAGUCUUGACAUUGACUAUGAUAUUAUUAUAUAUAUCAUAUACUUAUUUUUGUAGUUUCCUUCUUUAGCUAUUCUGUAAUUCCCAAUUCCUUACUAACUUGAGAGCAGAACAACCUCUCAAGGGGCUAUGAGGGCGAUAGCUGCUGCCAGACAAAGUUGGGGAUCAGUUGACACCAGCAACACCAAGGUCUCCAGGAGAGUCUUUGACUGAAGACCUUAAAGUCCCCCAGUAUGCCCACGUCAGGAAAGCGACUCUCCACAUUCUCUACAAGCAUGUCCAGGAAUGGGACAGAAUGAAGCAAUGAGCCAAGAGUCAUCAGCUCAAUCAAUCUAUCAAGUCUGUUUAGAGCUUGAGCAACAUACAUCACAGGAGAAUCUGUCCCAGACACCGUCUGCUAAGUGUAAAAGCUGUAGGCUGAAUUCAUCUUAAAGCCAGCUCUCCUUCACCUGAGCCUCUGUUCUUCGGUUUCUCAAUGAGAUCAGUGCAGUCACCUGAAAUACAUGUCAUGAAUAAGUACUCAAUCUUAUUUGUAAUGUGUUAUAGCGCUGUACUGCUCAAGAUGUUCCAUUGAUGUUCCUCACCUCCUGCUCAACAGGAAGAACAGGUUCCUCCUCUGAAAAACUUGAAACAGCCUUUGCAGUUUAUCACUUGCAUGAAGCAGAGGGUUGGUGGCUCAUAGGUCUCUAACCAGGUGGAGUAGAGUUCAAUUGUUGGGAGGUUGUUUCAUGUUGUAAAGCUACUCAAGCCGACUGUAAGGAAACGGUACAUGUGUCCAAAGUCCACCCUCCAAAGAGCUCCAGACAGGAGAAUAUUUCAUGGGGGUUGUGACGCUGGUAAAAAAAAUGAUUCACUGUUUUACAGCCGCUCCUUUUCCCAUGAUUGUGUGCAGGAAAAAUGCUCUUUGGGCCAGUUUGUGUCAUGUGACGGACCUGGAAGUUGUGAUUACACGGUUCGGCGACUCUGUCAAAUGUCAGUAUUCACGAGAGUUGGCUGCAGGCCACAGCGAGCCGUCUCACCAGGGAGGCGAUGAUCCCUUGUGACAAAAACUGGAAUCCAACUCCAAAAUCAGAUUUUACACCCCAUUAAAUAAAGAAGGCUCUCAUUUACAAAUUUACACAUGAAAACCAUACAUAAUACACAAAAUGAAAUCACAUAAUGACCUUGUGUACACAUUGCGCUGUGUUUUUAUGCAUCAUUUAUAUAAGGCCUCAAAUAUAAACAUUGUGUUAAAUUGCACUGCAGAAGAAAAACAGCACAUUAUUUAAAUACAGUGUAAAAUCAUGAAGCUACAUCUCAAGUAAAAUUUAAAUAUUCCUGAGAUUGUUAUAAGAAAGAAGACUGUUGAGAAGUCAGAAAUAACUGCAUCAGGAAAAAGCUUCAGUCUGGUUUCUAAACUGGUUUAGACAGAUUUAAUAAACCUGAAGUGCAAAGUGUGAUUUACAUUUAUUUUUUUAAACGCUAACGGAUGGUUGCUGCGUCUGCUUUUACAGCUUGCCUUCACACUUAACACUGGCUGAUGCCCCCUGAGAGGCAGCUGCAGCGUGACUGGGUGUAUUUUUAAUAGUAGUGGCACUUUAUCUUCAUUUACACUCAGCCUGCGAGGUGGAAUAAAUUAAUGUAAAAUGACAAAAACACUAUAAAUGAGGCUGAAACAAAAUGAGUGUAUGUCAAUGAGUGUAAAAAGCAGCUUCUCCCGUUUUACAUACGCACAGAUAACGAUGAAAUAAAGACACUUAUUUCAAAUCAUACUCUAAACUGCUACGAUGAUAUCUGGGGUCAAAGGGAUCUGGACAAUUUACGCAUGAAGAAUUUAAAAUAGUGAAGCAUUUAAAGGGAAAUGUAGUCAAACAAAGGCAACCUGUUGGAAGUGCAGCAUCAUUGUAGAUGUGGGCAGAAAUGUCAGCUCAUUAUUUAAGUCAGUGUUGAUCACCAUCUCUCAUGUGUUUCCCUCCCCGAGUCUCCUAUGAGCCCGAUUAAAGUGGAUAUUUAAAACAUAUAAUGGAUGGAUAAGUGCUUUAUUAAAUGAGCUGGAUUUUAUGUCUCCGUAAUAAUAAAAUAUCUGUAAUGUA